AUAAAUGCGUUUUUUUUUGGCGCAUCAGCAUAAAGUGGGGUCUGUUGACACAUGUGCCAUAAGUAAACAAGAUGCAUGACAAAGGUUGCCCAACUCCCAUCUAGAUGGGUCAAUCGAAUGUAUGUAAAUAAGCAUUAAGUUGACUUUACGUACGUUGUGCGUCAAGGUGAGGCUUGCUCGGAAAGGGCUGUACUCUCCUGCUAAUUAAUUGGUCAGCCGUUGAAUAUGAACACAAUUUUUUGAAAUAUUAUGGUUAGGAAUUGAUGUCGGAACCUGAGGUUAUCGUAAAAUAGUAUUCUUAUUAAUAUUUUAAGUUCAGGUUCCCAGGGUUGCGCCCACAACAUGACCUAACUUGUCUGAUAAUCUGGCUCGCUGGUUGCUUGGACGAAUAUCGUCUUCGAUUCGAUCAAGCGGAAAUAUAAUUCGAUUGUCUGUUUCCUUUGCAAGUUGUUUCACGUGAUGGGUAGCAGGACAUGGCGCUCUAGACGGAGGGGUAGUAUUGUUAGCAUUAUGAUGCAAAUCAUUAUUGAAGCACUUUAUAUUCAUAUAUGUAUACCUAUUUUUGGCGGGCUGGUACGAUAUCUUCACCGCAGCGACUGCGAUAUCUGUAAACAAUUGACCGUAUGAACCACCCGGCUUUGCUUACCAAUGAGGCAUGUUUUUAAUGGCGCGUUCAAGUGUGUUUAUGUGCUUAUUCUUUGCUGCAUUCGUCGGAGAAUUUUGCCUUGGUCAUGAGGUAGAGGUAACUAAAUGUAUCGAUGGACCUUAUCACAAACAGAGGCCAACUGCUGAAGGAGCGAACUAUGUUGAAUGCCACCCUUGGAAGGAAAAAACGUGCUGUACUGCUGACUUCACCGCUCAACUCAAUAAAAGUAAUGUGGAAGUUCUGUAUAACUUUUCAUGGCACCACUGUGGUAAUCUCUCAAAGGAGUGCGAGAGGUACAUAAAAAACGAAGAGUGUUUCUAUUCGUGUGAGCCCAGCCUAAUCAAGUGGCAUACCUCUAAAGGAGGCGUCAAAGGGGUUCCAAUAUGUGCUGACUACUGUGAUAAAUGGUUUGAUGCUUGCAAGAACGACAUGACUUGUGCUGAAGAUUGGCUGGAAGAUUUCAACUUCACUUCAAGCCAAUACAGCUGCCGAAGUAAUUCCCAAUGUCGCAAAUUUAGCGAGCUGUAUAAGGACGGAAAAGGGUUAUGCAACAAAAUGUGGGGACAAUCAUUUACUUAUGAAAAAAGCGACAAUUGUAUGGUGAUGUGGUUUGCUGGCAAGAACCCAAACGAAAAGGUCAAGCUAUCAAGCUUGCCCUUUGACCCAGUAACAAGCGAAACGACUAAACAAACGACCAAACAAACGACCAGUGCCGCAGUAACAAGCUACCAGGCUGAGUUCAUCAUCACAGCUUUAGCUCUUACUAUGCUAAGCAUACUACCAGCAGUGAUAAACACAGCAUACUUGUAGGUUUCUUGUGUGUAUUCUCCGACCCCUCCAUCCGCACUGUAGCUCGAUCACGCGGGCUUUCGUACCUUGUCCAGGGGGAAUGUGUGUAGCUCUGGUGGUAGUACACUUGGUAAACCUCGUUUAUUACUAUGUUUAUUCCUUGCACCAAAAACCUCAAUUUACUUCUAAAAUUACCGUGACCACAAGGAAAUUUUCACAAACACAGUUGGCAUUCUCCUUCAAUUGGAACAGGGCAUUGAAAGGUGAAUAUUGUUUCUAUGAUAACUACUGAAUUAAAAGGCACAAUUUCGAAGUGAUUCAGCGACUUUCUAUGCAGUUUUUCUUAACCUAUUUUUGCACAAUGUUCUAUAUUUAUCCUUUUAUUAAUUUUUUUUAUGUGAAACUACAAUUCAAAUUGGUAUCACUGCUAAAAGUGCUAUUCUGGAUCCCAGAGAAGCUCGAUUUUUGUACGCAGCGAGAGCCUAAGUAGAUCAAAUAAAAUCUCCAGUUUUUCUCUCGACCUUUCCUCAAGAGCGGAUAGAUUGUUAGGCUAUAGACUGGAUAAAAUGCUGACUGCACAACGAUAAAAUAUAUGUAAAGAAGCCGGCAACACGCAUCAAUACAGCUUUGGAUCUAAGUUUGAUCAAAUUACUAUUCAUCCUGUAGUUGAUCAAUUUGUGAUGUAAUAAAUAAGUAACUGCGUCAAA